GAACUGUUCCUGUGACGUCAUGUACGGAAGUAAACAAAAGUCCAAACUCGCUUCAGGUCGCGGCAGUUCCUCUUCAACAUGUCGAUUUCAAACCCGAGGCAGACCUUCGUCAACCCGGUAAAUUACUUUCUGUGUUAACACUGAAGGAAAUUCUCAAUUUUCAGUUGGUCUCAUCCUAUUUUUGGCGUUAUAUUCGCAUUUUAUUUAGAUUGAAAUUAGCCUGGUUUGCGCCGUAUCUCUGUAGUUUCUUAUAAAGCGUAGCCUAUCAGCCUCGCAAUGUGGUUAAUAUUUAAUUUGCCUUUAUCUUAUAUAACAGGUUUCGAACAGUUGAUUGUUUAACAGAAAAAAAAAUCAGCAUAUCGGUCAUCAGCUCAUAUUUCUUCAUUUUAUAAUAAUAGAGGCUAUGUUGAGUUUGGUGGGACCGCUUUUGUCCGUUAAUUUCUAACAAUUGAGAUCUCACUUUUCCUAUAUUUUUUUCGUCCUUUACUCAAUGUAGAUGUGUUGGGUAUAAGCCGAGGUAAAGUCUUCGACCUAAUAGUUUUGGAAAUGAAUUUAGUUCAUUAUAUUAAAAAGGCAAUCCUACAACACGUGUGAAACGUUAAAAAAUGAAUGAUUUUUAAAUGAGGGUUGGUUCAGGUUCGAUUGGCAACACGCAACCGUGAUGUUUUGCUUUGGUGAGGACCUGAAUUGAUAUACAAACGAACCUACUUUCACGUCUAAACGUGAGGUGACUGACAUCCCCAUUUCCAGAAAUUUGAGACACUGUAAUAUGUCAAUGAGAACAGAAUUUUAAAGUUUGCAAAUCCAUAAAGAUUAUUCUUAAUUUGAAAAUCGUGCAAAGAUAACAUGCAAAAACAGAAAUGUUAUUAUUGAGUGAAUAAUACUGCUAUCUCCAAUUUGAUGUUGGUAACAUGUAUCCAAAUAGUUUGAACAAGGAGAUGUUGGUCACUUUGUUGCAUCAUGUCUUCUUUUUGAGACACUGUGAAUGUGGGGGAACCAAGCAGACCAGUUUCUGGGGCAGACCAGUUUCAGGACCUUGGAAUGUGACAUGUUGACCAUUCUUGUCUGAAUGAGGAUUUCAGCUGCUCAACACAAUGAGGUCUCCUUUGCAGAAUGUUUCAUUUCACAAUUCACUGAAUGUUUUCAAAGGGUGACAAGUCAGGACUGUAGGCAGGCCAGUUUAUCAGUAGGACUCAUCUACUACAGAGCCAUGCUAUUGUAGUCCCUGCAGAAUGUGGUUUGUCAUUGUCUUGCUGAAAUAUGAAGGUCUUUCCUGAAAAAGUAGUUGUCUUGAUGGCAGCAGAUGUUGCUCCUAAACCUGUAGAUAUUGUUCAGCAUUCAUGAUGCCUUCCCAGAUGUGGAAGCUAACCCUGACAUGGACUCAUAUGGUCCUCAUAUCAUCAGAGAUGCUGGAUCUGGACUGGGAACUGAGUAACUGGGUAGAGCCCAUGGUUUCCAAAAAUAAUGUCACAUUUUGAUUGACAGACCACAGGAAAGUUUCCCAUCUGAAGUCCAUAUUAAAUGGGCUCAAGUUCAGAGAGGCCACCAUUGUUUCCGGAUCAUGUUCAUAUCUGGUUUCUUCUCUGCUUGGUUCAGUUUGAACCUCAUUGUGGAUGCAUGAUGCACUGUGUUCACAGGAAAUCGUGUCUGAGUGAUUUUGAGCCGAUGCAGUGAUUUCUGUUCAAGAGUCAUGUCUGUUUUAAUGCAGUGCUGCCUGGGAGCCGGAAGAUUAGGACCAUCCAGUUUUAGUUUUGCUUUUAAACAUCUGAAGUUUAUAACCCCACUGCCUCCCUCCUCCUCAGACAAUCCCCUUUGCUGGGACCAUCCUGGGCGGUUUCCUGCCAGGUGAGAUGGUUCUCAUUCAGGGCUCGGUGCCGUCUAAAGCGGACAGGUGAGAAAACAGUGUCAAAUCUGAAACCUGGUUUAACCAGUUGGCACACAUAUGUUUGCAGGGCCAGGUUAAGGCCUUAAUAACAACUCGUCUUUACUGUCUUGCAGGUUUCAGGUAGAUUUUACGUGCGGCAGCAGCGUGAAGCCGAGGGCAGAUGUGGCGUUUCACUUCAACCCCCGGUUCCAGAAGUCUCGCUGUAUCGUCUGUAACACCCUGCAGACGGAGAAGUGGGGCCGGGAGGAGAUCCUCCAUCGGAUGCCCUUUUCACCUGGAGCCUCAUUUGAACUCAUUAUCCUGGUCCAGAAAGACAAGUUUAAGGUGAGAUCCUGCAGGAGAUGAUAAAGGACAAAUAUUUAUACCAAAAUAUGACACUUUCUGAAUUACAGAAAUAUAAAUACAUCCUUCAAGGAGACAUGUUUGAGCUGACCUUCAGUGAAAACAUGGAAACACUGAUGCGAAUAAAAAAAGAAUAAUAAAUUAAAACCAGAUUGGGGUUUUGGGUUCAUCUUUGGUUAAAUAUUCAUGCAUAUCUCUCAUUAUCUCUCAGCUUUGCAUUGAUAAGUUUGACAGAGUUUAAGGGCCACGCCGAAGGAAAAAGAAAUCAGGAAAUUAAAAAAUCAAGUCCUCACAUUAUGAAAAUACAGCUUUUCCACUACAAGAAAAUUUAUUAAAUUAAAGUUUUAAUUUCUUUGGAUAAAGUUUUAAUAAAAUGAAAAUAAAAUCAUAAUUUUUUGACAAAAAGUUAAUUAGCAAAAUUAAUUAGCAACAUCUAAAAAGUCGAUAUGUCAUCAGAAUAAGUUGCAUUUUGAAGAAUUGAAGUUGUAAUAAUAUAAAUAAAUUUAAAAAUUGUAGGUUUAAGUAGGAGAAAAAUUCCAAAUCAAACAGAAAAAGUCAUAGUUAAGUAAGAAAAAAAAUGUCCUACUUUUAUUAGAAUGAGUCAUAGCUUUAUAAAGUUACCACUGAAUGAAAAUUAAGUUGUUAUUUUAUGAGAAAAGUGUAAAUAUGAUGUAAUACACUAUAAUAUAAAAAUUAAAAAAUGUGAUUUUGUGAAAAAAAGAUCCAAUACAGUAACAUUUAAGUCAUAAUUUCAUUAGAAAAAUGCUUAAGGGAGUGUAAAUCCAAUGUAGCUUGUGUUGCAGUGGUUGCAGGUUUGACUCCUGGCCUCAAACCUCUAUACUCCCACAUCUUUCUUAGGCUGACUUAUCUAAUAAAGGCAAAAUGCCCAAAAGUAUAAUUUAAAAAAAAAAACACAAAUUGAAAAAGGUAUCAUCAGCAUGUCAUUUUAAAGGGGUUAACUUGAAAAGGUAAAAAUCUAGAACUCUAAGAAACUGAAUAUUAAGAAGAGAGGCCUCAAAAUAUUCAGCAUUUUCUCAUUUAAUUCAGACUUAAUUUGUUUUAAUCCAGUUUGUUUUAUUCACCCUGUGAGACUUCUUCAAUUACAGCUGUUUCUGCUGAUUGCGGCAUUACUCCAUACCAUGACUACUCGUGAUCAGGACAUAAAAUAAACUGGAAAGCUUCUUUUUAAUUCUCUAUGAAAUUCAUAUGUGAUUGUGUCCUCUUAAAACCCAGCCUUUUUGUUCCGGUCACUGCUGAGUUUUCCAAAAUUUUGUUGGUACAUACAGUAAAUCUGAGCUUGUUACCCUCCGUCCUCUCCAUCUUGUAGGUGGCGGUAAAUGGAGCUCAUGUGCUGGAGUACAAACACAGGAUGGAGCUGGAGCUGGUCGACACUCUGUGCAUAUCCGGAAAGGUCAACAUUGAGGCUGUGGGCAUCAUCCCGAGCUCGGUGAGUCUGUGAACAAAUUCUGUUUCUUCGUCAUGUGAUGAAUCUGGGGCUGCGAGCAUGUGAUGAAGAUGAAUCAGAAUUUUUGUUUUGGUCUUUUUAGGAUGCAGUUUCGCCUUCGGCCAGUUUGAGCAGCUCGGACUUUAAGAUAGAUGUAAGUACAGACUUAAGUUUACAUUUAUUUCCAAAAGAGCUGAAAAUAUUGACAAAAGAAGGGUGAUCAAAAUUAAUAGAAAAAAAACAUGUGAAGAUGGUCUUUUUUUAUACUCUUCCCAGAAUAUAAUAAUAAACAUCUACAUUUUUAAUAUUUCAUACUGGAGCCCAGUGGAACACCACAAAGUUCAAGAAGUGUUCUUCAAUUAUUUUUGAAAACUUUGUGUUUUUAUAUAUUAAUGUAAACUUUCUGAAAGAAAUGGUUUACUUAUCCAUUUAUUAAGAUAUCUUUGUUUUUUGUUUCUUCUCCUCCAGACUGGAAAGUCUUUACCAGGUGACUUGGUGAGUCUAGUUUUUGUUGUGUUCCCUGUGUUUUUUUUUAAUCAAAAGCAACAGAUUGUGCAGGUUUUUUCCGGACUCAAACAGUUUGCCAGGUUUCUUUUUUGCACAGUUCGUGUUUUAACCAAAUUAUCUUAAAAGAAGAAAUAAACCACUUGUUGAAAUCAGGACUGAGCAAUGUCAAAAAGAAUGUACUUGAUUUUAAGUUUAAAAACUCCUCACAAUGGCUUUCACAUAGAAAAUACAAUUUAGGCUCAAUUCUUAAGAGCUUUUAUCUCAACGCUACAAUCCAAACUAGAAUUUUUUCCUGUCUCAUCCCUGGUCGGCUGUUUUUUCCUUUUUGUUUUGUUUCAUUUUCGGUGUGUCAAUAUGUUUAAUUUAAUUUUAGAAGCUUGGUGAACAGUGAAAACUAUUUCAACAUUUCUGAUCUUGUGUUCAGAGCGUUCCCUUCAGAGGAGAGCUGCCUAAAGGACUGAAAGUUGGACGCAGCGUGACCAUAAAAGGAAAAACCAAUCAGGAUGCAGACUGGUACGCAACACCUCCAAACACACCUGAAGAGCUCUUCAAUCUUAAAUAUAUGAUCAUAUCUGUUUAAACAAAAAGCCUCAGGUGUUUCUCAGCUGUUUUUAACAUGUCCAACCCUGUUUUUUAGUUUCAGCGUAAACCUGCGAGUGUCUGACAGCAGCGACAUCGCUCUUCAUCUCAACCCUCGUCUGAAGAAACGUGUCUUUGUUAGAAACUCCAAACUGUCUGAGUGCUGGGGCCUCGAGGAGAAAGAGCUCGACUCCUUCCCCUUCAGAGAGGGGCAAUACUUUGAGGUACGACAGCAGACACGCAAGAGACACAUUUGACUAACAGCAAAAAUCGUGAUUGAGAAUUCAAAAAAGGUUCUGACUUAACUCUCAUACCUGUUUUUGUUUUGCAGAUGAUUAUCCUGUGUGACGCUCAUCAGUUUAAAGUUGCCGUUAACGGGAACCACCAGGUGGACUACAAACACCGGGUCCAGGACCUGAGCCGGAUCACUCAGCUGGAGGUUCAGGGAGACGUUACACUGCUGGACGUUAAAAUCCUUUAAAGAUGCACUAAAACACAUCGGUCUAAUGUUAAUCCAGUCUACAGCGUGUAAAAUGUAAAUAAACCCAAGGGCUGCCUGAACACAAUACGUUUCUUUGUCAGUGCAAGACGUUUAAUUUUUCUGAGGAUUUUUAUGUUUUAGUGUUUUAGUUGAUAACUUGAAUUUUACCACAAUAACGCCUCGACUUUACAGCUUUAAACCAGGUUUUUAACAUUUGAAAACAAACUAUCUGAACAAGGGGACCAUCCAGAAACUUAUCAGUAUUAAUUCAUCUACUGUAUGUGAACAUGUUGAUGUUUCUGGAGUGAGGACACAGUGUAAGAGGAACAUCUUUAUCUGCCUGAUUACUCAUUAAACAAAGUCUGAAGUGAAGUU